AAAAAGCACACGAGCCAGCGACCGACCACUCACUCUUUCUACGCACAUCACGCCAGCAUGCUGAUGGUCUCCCCAAAAUUGCAUGCAUUGAUAUUAGAAUUUACGUAGUGUAAAAGUGCCAUAUCUAUAAGAAUAAAGAAAGUGUUUCCAACUACAAUGGAAAGUGAUAAUAACAAUUCGCAGAUUGUGUGCCGAUUUUGCCUACAAUACAGCAGCCAAAUGUGGCCCUUGGAAACGGUAUACAACAGGGAAAAAUCAUUUCUGGAAAAGGUUUACCAAUGUGCUCACAUCAAUAUAAUUGACCUCGACGAACUGCGCACGUGGGUCUGCGGCGGCUGCCUAGACAGCAUCGAGCGAUUCUACAGCUUUCGCAAUAUGCUUCAGCGGAACUUGACGGACUUCAACGAACGGUUUCGCGAGGAACAAAAAGAGCACCAGCAGCACGAAUCCGAUUGGAACGACAGCCAGCAGGUGGAGCUACUGUACAGUGAUUUCAGCGACUGCGAAGAUUGCUACGAGAUCCCGCCUACGGAUUCGGAGUACGAUACGGAAACCGACGUGGGCGUUCGCGAUCGAAAGCCGGAUGAUUAUGUGCGGAAAGGUUCGUACGAGGCGGCGGAAAUUGAAGCGGAGUUUGCGGAAAUUAUUUCCGAAGAGAGCACCGGACCGCUGGAUAAGUUUGAAAUGCCACCAAUCGGGAGACGAGAGGAAGUGGCGCCGAGUUGUUCGCCUUCGAAAAGAAGUAGGUGAUUGAGGGUGAUAAGGGCAGAUGUUUGGCCAAAAUUGGACGAAUGUUUGCCAUGUGUGAUGAUCCAUUCACGUAUGAAAUGCGUUUCUUUCUAGUAAUUGUACUCGCUUAUAGUGUUUACGAAAAUCUGUUAUAUAAUUUGUAUAAUAUAUAAUAAAUCGUGAAUGCCACUGUUUA